UGCUUUCUCCUUUUGCAUCCCUGCUGGUCAAGCCCCCCAUUUCAGCCAGCCAGGGCAUUGUCACAGAGCACAGAGGAAUGGUGACUUUCCACUGCAGCACCCCAGCUAUCAACAUCUUCAUCUACUGGGUCUUCAACAAUGUCCCCCUUGUGUUCGGUCGCAUGCAGCUGUCUGCAGAAGGCAGGAGGCUCACCAUCCUCACCGUCCAGUGGGAGGACGCAGGGUCUUACCAGUGUGAGGCCCGGAGUGCCGCAGAGGUCCAAAGCAGUGACAUCACCCUCCUGGGGGUGAACUAUGGUCCUGACCCUGUUAAGAUCAAUGUGGAGUCGGGUGUCCCCAUCGGGGAGGUAGCUGAGGUGACGGAGGGCUCCAUGGUGACACUCCAGGUGGAGACCUAUUCCUGGUGUCUCCCCAGUGACCCCAUCCUGCCUCCCACCACGAGAACAUUUACCAUCCCUGCAGUGUCCAGGAGCGAUGAGGGCACCUACAGGUGCCUGGUGUCCAACAGUGCCACUGGCCGGUCCCGGCUGGGCGCCCUUAAAGUCCGAGUCCUUGCAAGCCUGGCCAAGCCUGUGGUGUCCCUGAGCCUGGAGUUCGUGAAGAACACUGGCUCCGUGACCCUGAUCUGCCAGACCACUUACGAGGGGGUCAGCACCGGCUGGUUUGUGGGGGUUGAGCCCCUCCUGCCCAGUGAGCGCCUGGUGCUGUUGGCGGACAACAGGACCCUGGUCAUCCUUUGCCUCCGGCAGGACGACACAGGCCCCUAUGAGUGUGAGAUCUGGACCAGGGCCGCACAGGUGCGCAGCGACACCCUCAAGUUGACCAUCAACUAUGGCCCUGACCAUGUGCACAUCACUAGGGACUCCGAAGCCAGGGCUCUUAGCACUGUGGAGGUGAAGAUUGACUCCAACUUGACCUUGUGGUGUCGGACUGAGUGCCAUCCAGACACACAGUAUCGCUGGAGCUGUGGACGUCCCAGCGGGGAGUAUGUGGGGGGACAGCUGGCCAUCGGCGCUGUGACCUGGGAGCACAAGGGUGUCUGCAGCUGCACAGCCUUCAACCCUCUGACAGGCCUGGCCAGCUCUGCCUCUGUCCUGGUCAAUGUGGUGGGUCCCCAUUCAUUCUCCUCAUCUGGGGGAACCAUCGCUGGCAUCGUCACUGGAGUCCUGAUUGGCAUUGCUCUGCUGGCAGGACUGGGCUACAAAGCUGGAAGGCCGGCUGGCUGUCUAAGGAUAGUAGCAGAUGACCCCUUGCCAACAGCCUCGCAACUGACCUCUUGGAAGAAGAACUCUACAGAGCCCGUUUCUGCCUCAGAAAAUGCUGUCACUGGAUUGCUGUAGACAGAGCAAGUCCACCGCCACAGCCUUCCCUAUGAACCCAACCUCCAUCAUAAUUCAUCUUGGCACAGGGCCUCGAAUGCUGGUGGACGAGACCAACUAAGGGGAAACGGAAGCACCUUUCCCAUCUCUGCAUCUAGAGUUCUGAAAGGAUGAACCUUAUGAUAUGGAGGGGCCUAUGCAGAUGGCCCAGUCCAGCUUUAUUUUACAGACAAGAAAUCAAGACUAGGGGAGGGGGAUAAAGGACUAAGCCUGUGAAGUUUACACAGGACCCAUGGACAGAAUUGGGGCUGGGGCUUGGGUUCCCCCCAUCCAUGUUGCAGGUGGCCUAAGGUAAUUUAGAACUUGAUUUCCAAGACAUUCUGAAGUUAAGCUCACCAGAGAUAUGAUGGGGAGGAAGGAGGAUUUUGCUAUUUAUUUCCUGGGGAUAAGGCCCCUGGUAAGCAGUCCCUUCCUCUGUCUUUCUAACUCAAUCUCUGGGCUGGGGUUUGCUUUCUGUAGGCUUUCCAGUACCUUUUAAUGCCAGAAAACCUGAGUUCCAGGAACAUUCUAGAGCCAGUGAGAUGGGUGA